UUGCUGCCGCUGCUCUACGGUACCGUCGCCCUCCUGCUGCCCUGGGCCGACACCGACACCGUACCAGUGCGAUGCAGCCGCCCCAAGGACGUGGCCAACGCACGCAUCGAUGUGGGCAACAACACGCUGCUCAACACCCGCCUGCGUUACACCUGCAACCCGGGCUACAAGCGCAAAGCCGGUACCUCCAGCCUCAUCCAGUGCAUCCUCCGUGACGGCUCCACCGAGCCCGACUGGACCCACACCACGCUGCAAUGCAUCCGGGACCCGGCUCUGCGUUCGCAAACCCCCAGCCCCGAGCUCCCGACUGCGCUGCACGCCGAGAGGACGACCCAGAGGGUUUCCAUCCAGACCCUGGCCCCUUCCAUUGCUGCGCCCUCGGCCGUGCAUUGGAAGAUGCUCAUCGGCUGCCACGUUUCUCCCCCAGGGCUCCCGGUGCUGGUAAUCACCAGCGUUGUGGUCUGCUGCUGCUGGAGGAUGAAAAAGCGCGCAGGACAGAGCUACGUGGUGGGGGCCAUCCCCAUGGUGGCUCUUGCCUCUGAGAAUGAGGAGAUGUUGCCAUCCAGCAUCUUCCCCAUGGGCUGA